AGGCCAAACUUAACAAUUAGACAAAGAAAGGACGCUUAUUCUGGCUACUGUGUAAGCUAACACGGUUAUUUGAUUGGCUAACGAAAGAGAAAGAGAUGCUAAGAAAACUAGCAGCUGAUUUUCUAACAUCAUCUACAAUCACUCCAAAUUGAAAAAUUGCUGCUCCGAUUUUUUUUGUCAAUAUAACAUGUAAAGAAUCUGAUUCAAUGUAGUAUCUCAAUUCUGAUCAUUGGCCCAUCUAAGAGCUUCUCGAAUUCCCAACGCCUCAGGAGUCAGGGCGCAGCCUCCCUUGGUAGGCACGAUCCUUUCCAAAGAGAAGCUCCCCUCGAUCCCACUGCCCCUGCUUCACCCCCCUAGGGCCGCCCCUGAUCCCACGGCGUCGAUAGUUCAAAGAACCAGGACUUUACAUGGUUGUUCACGGCGGCUGAUUAUCAUUGCAGCCGCUCAAAGAAACAGGGACGUCACUUGCUGCCUUUCUCAUAUAGCUGCUCACAGCAAUUCUAGGAUAAAACAACCAGACCCAGGACUUCAACUGACCCACUAAGGGUCAAUGAUGAUUGAUUCAGUCAAUGACAUUACUAAAUUGAAAGUUAUGAGUUUCGGUCUAAAUAAAUAGAUGUGUUGAUGCGUACUGAACACAAUACAUAUGAAGAGGGAUAUGAAGAAGAAGAUCAACCCGUCUUCAGCCAAUUCCCACAGGCGUCUUGUUCUGAAAUACGCAAUCACCUCAAGACUAAUAAUAGUUUUUUUAAUACUUCUCUGGCGAUGUCUUCUCAGCCCCUAUGACACCUCAGCUUCCAUAAACCCUAGCUGCCUCCUUUCUGAAUUGAAUUCACACUCUCCGCCGGUUCUCCUCCCUCGUUUGGCGGCGGCAAUUGAGGAUAGCAUUGUCUGGGACAGCGUAUACUUUGUUCGGAUUGCGCAGUGUGGAUAUGAAUACGAACACUACUACGCAUUCUUCCCUCUCCUUCCCGUUUCCUUAUCCCUGCUCUCCAGAACAGUUUUUUCCCCUCUUAUACCAGUUAUUGGACAUAGGGCUGUUAUUGGAUUAUCUGGUUAUGUGCUCAAUAACAUUGCAUUUGUCUUAGCUGCGCUGUUUCUUUACAGGCUUUCAAUAGCUGUUGUGAAGGACUCGGAGCUAGCACUGAGAGCUUCAAUACUGUUUUGCUUUAAUCCUGCUUCCAUUUUCUACUCAUCAAUAUAUACUGAGAGCCUCUAUGCGCUUUUUUCAAUUGGAGGUUUAUAUUACUUCACUAGUGGUGCAAGAAAUAUUGCAACACUUUGGUUUGCUCUCUCUGGAUUUUCAAGGUCAAAUGGAAUACUUCAUGCAGGCUAUAUAUGUUUUCAGACGAUGCACUCGGUUUACACUUCUGCUGUUCUCCAUAAACGAGCGCCUUCUGCAAGGCCAUGGUGCAAGGAAAGGAUACCUUUAUUCUAUGGUUAUAUCCAAGGUCAUUAUUGGGGAGUGGGGUUCUUGAAAUAUUUCCAAACUAAGCAAAUCCCUAACUUUCUACUUGCCUCCCCAAUUUUAUCAUGUGCACUCUGCUCAAUUAUACAUUAUGUGAAGCUACAGCCGGAGGUGUUUUUCUCGUUGGGCUUCAGAAGAACUUCUCCUCCUAUGAGUAAUAAUAAUGAGCAGAAGAUUUCACCCUUUACUUAUGGGACAAAUGCAGCUGGGCAAGAGGAGGUUGCUAAUUUAUUUGUGGAGGAGAAUGAUGCCUUUCACAAAAUUCAAGGUAGCGAUCACGCUCUCAAACUACGGAAACAAUACUCUGCUGUCAGAGGACAUAAUAAUUCUGCAACAGAAAGUGGAAAACCAAAUAAUCACUUGGCGCCGACAGCGGCAGGAGCUGUAAUACCAAUGCAGGUUCCUUUGGUUCUCCAUCUCGGGUUCAUGACUGCCACAGCUUUUCUCGUCAUGCACGUGCAGGUUGCAACCCGCUUCUUAUCGGCCAGCCCACUACUCUACUGGUUUGGUUCAUACUUGAUGAAGCAUGGCUUUGGGAAGAAGAUACGGAGAGGCGGGUACUUCAUUUGGGUGUAUUGUUGGGCAUACAUCUUUCUUGGAACUCUUCUCUUCUCAAACUUCUAUCCUUUCACUUAAAGCCUAAAAGGAUUGGAGCCCCCCCCCCCCCACCAUAUACACACACAAAAAGAGGGAAAAAAGGAAGAUAUGAUAAAUGUGACGCUGUGGCGGUCUGUGAGCUUUUGUCAUAUUUUAAUAUGGUUGAGAGGACAAAAAAGGGUGUACUACUAGUCUACUACUCAUACAGUUAUUUGAUGCUUCAUUUCGAUACCACUGUUAAAGUGGUAAAUCUAACGUUUAUAGUAAGAAGUUACACCAUAAAGGCAUAAAGUAAUCGAGUGCUCAAUAUGCUAAUUUUCGGUUUUCCCAAGAUGACAGAACAUAUCUGGACAAUUGGACAAAGUUUGUAAAUUAAGACAAUACAACUAUUCAAAUUUCCCAAGUUGAUUACAAUAAGUAUUACCAUCUUUACUAUGUGA